CAUCUUUGUUGUUGUUAAUUUCAAUUUGAUAAGAGGUGGAACGUGGUUUUAUUACGAUUCGGUUUAGGCGGCUGAGUGGUCCGCAGGCAGUCGGUGCGCUUUGAAAGUGACACUGUUAAUUGGCGUUUCAUGCGCUUUUGUUCGAUUUUUGGUUGAGAGUAUAUAAGGAGAAUCCGGAUACAGUCAGAUAUGGCGACCAUAGACAUUGACGGAAUCCUGAAGGAGCAGCCGUACGGUGGACAGAUCCCCAAGACGAAGAUUGUAUGCACUUUGGGGCCGGCUUCGAGGUCGGUGCCGAUGCUGGAGAAGCUGCUUAGGGCUGGAAUGAAUGUUGCUCGGUUCAACUUCUCGCACGGUACUCAUGAAUACCAUCAGGAGACUCUCGACAAUCUCAAGAUUGCUAUGCACAACACUCAGAUCCUUUGUGCUGUCAUGCUUGAUACCAAGGGUCCGGAGAUUCGAACUGGUUUUCUGAAGGAUGGAAAGCCCAUUCAGCUUAAGGAAGGCCAGGAAAUCACUGUAACCACUGAUUACUCCAUUAAAGGAGACGAAGAAAUGAUUUCGAUGAGUUACCAAAAAUUGGCAGUUGACUUGAAACCUGGAAAUACUAUUCUCUGUGCUGAUGGUACCAUAACACUCAAUGUUUUAUCGUGUGACCCUGCUGCCGGAACUGUGAGAUGCCGCUGUCAGAACACUGCUAUGUUAGGUGAGCGAAAAAAUGUCAAUUUACCUGGUGUUGUUGUGGAUCUCCCUACACUUACUGAGAAGGACAAGGAAGAUAUUCUUGGGUGGGGUGUUCCAAAUAAUAUCGAUAUGAUUGCUCUCUCAUUUGUGCGCAAAGGAUCCGAUCUAGUUAAUGUCCGAAAGGUUCUUGGUCCUCAUGCCAAGAGUAUACAGCUGAUGUCGAAGGUUGAAAACCAAGAGGGAGUUAUCAACUUUGACGAAAUUCUCCGUGAGACCGACUCAUUCAUGGUUGCGCGCGGUGAUUUGGGAAUGGAAAUCCCAGUCGAGAAGAUAUUCCUAGCUCAGAAAAUGAUGAUUUACAAGUGUAACCUUGCCGGAAAGCCUGUCGUGACUGCCACACAGAUGCUGGAGUCCAUGAUCAAGUCUCCGAGGCCAACACGCGCCGAGGCUACGGAUGUGGCUAAUGCGGUCCUGGAUGGCACCGAUUGCGUGAUGCUCUCCGGGGAGAGUGCUGCUGGAGCCUAUCCCGAACUUGCCGUAAAAAUCAUGGCUAGGAUAUGUAUCGAGGCGGAGUCUUCCCUCGAUUACGCGGCUAUCUUCAAAGGAAUGAUCAAGUCCACCCCGCUCCCCAUGAGCCCACUCGAGUCGCUCGCCUCCUCCGCCGUGCGCACCGCAAACAAGGCUAGAGCGAAGCUCAUCGUAGUGAUGACGCGCGGUGGGACAACCGCCAAGUUGGUUGCCAAGUACAGGCCGGCAGUCCCGAUUCUAUCCGUAGUGGUCCCAGUCGUAACGACUGACUCCUUCGACUGGUCGAUCAGCGAUGAAGCCCCGGCGAAGCAGAGUCUGGUGUACCGUGGCCUGAUUCCCGUUCUGGCCGAAGGAUCAGCAAAAGCUACGGAUACUGAAUCGACGGAGGUCAUUUUGGAGGGCGCCCUGAAGUACGCUACUAAUAGGGGGCUUUGCACGCCCGGCGACGCCGUUGUUGCCCUUCACCGGAUCGGAUCUGCAUCGGUGAUCAAGAUCUGCAUGGUCAAAUGAUGAUGGUACGUAUGUUCUUAUAUAAAUAUAUGCUGAAUAACAUAAGUUGCAGACAGACUCUUGUUGAAUCGGCUUGUUAGAUAGAUAGUUACUUGGAAGUUAACAUGUUCGACUUGCUUGGUGCUUUUUCUGCUAACGUUGUUUUGUAAGUUUUUGGGAUUCUCCUUUAUUUUCUUUUGACGACUUAUUUGGACUAAUAUAUAUAUAUAUAUAUAUAUAUACAUAUAUUCUACUUA